AUGCAGAGGACAGCCAGACUUCAGAGUUUCUUGUCCAGCAACUCGCUGUUCUGCCAGGCCGCCUGCACCAAGGUGGCACGGAAAGCAGCCAGCUCAAAUCACUUCCAGCCGCUAAAGGGAGAAGGGUAUGAGAGGGUCUCCAUUCACAAGACGCCAGAUACGGUGAACCAUAAGAUCGCUGCGUACUGGUCUGAUUCCGACGUAGUGCGACUCUUGAUUUGUUUAAUUGACCGACCGCCCGCCCAGCGAGAUGACUGUUUCAUGGGAAGGUCACACCCCUCUCAGGCAAACAGGGCUUUGGACAUUUCAACAGUGUACUCGCAAGUGCAGAAGCUUGCGCAGCAGGUCUCCGAGGAGGAGGAUGUGGACGACAGCCGCUGGGACAUAGGGAACGUGCUGUUCCGGCUCCUGGGUGUGGAUAACGAGGUCGACGCAGCCCAGAGUGUGCUGGCCCUGAUCGACGGCUGCCAGCACAUCCUUGCCGCGCAGCCAUCGCUAACGGAGGUAGACGUCCCUUGCAAGAUCUUUGGCGAUAUCCACGGCCAGCUGCGAGAUCUGAUCCUGCUGCUCUGA